AAUAUUCGUAAAUAACACAAGCAGUCGUUUAAAUCAAUGCAAAAACAUUGCUUCUUGUUAGCUGUCACCUUUAACUUUUUUCAAGGUUUGGAUCAUUAACAAUAAGUUAAGUAAUAAGAUGGCAAAGUCGAGGCCAAACCCAACUUCAUUCAGUCUUCACCACCAUUAAUCCACGUCGAAAUCAAUGAAGCGUUCUUCACAAGGUCACAGAGCUCGAUGAACGGUAUAAUAAUCGAAAACUUGGGUUUCGGUGUAUGAUGAAGACUUCUUCCUUGUUCUUUUUCUUCGGAGGAGUUGUUGUGCUGAUUAUAUUGUUGAUUAUCGUGUUAAUCUAUUGGAAAAUUUGGAGACCGAAGGGUAUCAAGGGUAUUAUAUCGGAGAGAAAAAGGCAUGCAGCAUCGACGGAUUUCUUUAGCGGCGAUCUUCGAAGUAUGUUCUAUUUUGACUUCCGGACAUUGAAGAGGGCAACCAAGAAUUUUCACCCUGAUAAUUUCCUUGGCAGAGGUGGAUUUGGACCUGUUUACAAAGGAAAGCUAAGAGAUGGAAGAAUGAUUGCUGUGAAAAGACUGUCACAUGAGAGAUCCCAACGAGGAGAGUCGGAGUUUCUGUCGGAGGUGAGGUUGAUCACAAGCAUCCAACACAAGAACCUGGUUCGCCUCCUCGGAUGUUGCUCCGACGGCUCUCAACGUUUACUUGUCUAUGAGUUUAUGAAGAAUGGCAGCUUGGACCACAUUGUAUAUGGAACAAAGGAAGUAUUCUUGAACUGGGAGACUAGGUUUCAGAUCAUUUUGGGUGUAGCACGAGGGCUUCAGUACCUACACGAGGACUCGCAUAUGAGGAUUGUUCAUAGGGAUAUCAAAGCAAGCAACAUUCUUCUUGAUGACAAGUUCCAACCCAGGAUCGGUGAUUUUGGGCUGGCUAGGUUCUUCCCCGAAGAUGAAGCUUAUCUUAGCACCAACUUUGCUGGCACUUUGGGUUAUACGGCUCCGGAGUAUGCCAUUAGAGGAGAAUUGUCUGAAAAAGCCGACAUUUAUAGCUUUGGAGUUCUUGUUCUUGAAAUCGUUAGCUGCAGGAAGAAUACUGAUCUUACCCUGCUUUCCGAGAUGCAGUAUCUACCUGAAUAUGCAUGGAAGUUGUAUGAGCGAGGCUGUAUGCUUGAUUUAGUUGAUCCAAGACUAAGACAACAUGGAUCGUUGGUGGAGAAAGAUGUGGUACGGGUUAUCAAUGUAGCCUUCUUUUGCCUUCAGCUUCACCCGAACUUUAGACCGCCGAUGUCCGAGAUAGUAACCAUGUUAACCUGCACCCCAGAAAUGGUUGGAACACCCUCCAGACCCGCCUUCUUCAACCGAAUCCGACGUAACAAGAACAACGAUAUUCUGUCGUCGUUGUCUUGGGACACUAUGACCGACGCUUUCCCUUCGGUCCAGACUGAGUCCACUCCAUCUCAGGUUCACAAUUAGAUGCCUCAUUGGAAUCACUUUCAUUAUAGCUCAAGGAACCUUAGGUUUGUUUUCUAUUUGUGUGAAUUUUUUAAGAUAAAGAGGGAUAUAUCAAUCAAUAUUGAUAUGAAAUCUCUAGAA